AGUAAUCAGUAAUGUUUUGGAGUUGGGCGUGUUGAGUUGCGUUCUGACAUUCGUGAUAUGUUUAUUGUUGGAGAAUGUGAGAUAACAGAUGUGGUUGAUAGGUUCAAUGAUAAAAUCGUUUCUAUCCAUGUCAGGAAUUUACAGGAUUUAGUGGAGAGCUGUGUGUGUUCCUGAAGGCAUCCUAAUGAAUGAUGUGUGACUGAGGAGGGGGCUGAAACCAGAAACUUUCCAGCCCUCCCCUCGCAGGCCAGACGACAGUAAGUGCGACAUGGCCGAGCAGGAGAUACGUUCAGCAGCAGAGGCUCUGCUGACAGGUAGUCUAUCCAGUUUAAACCAGAGCCGGUCACACAGUACACCAAAUCCUCAUUACAGUAUAAAUACGCAAGCUGAACACCUGUCAUCCACAGAUUUAGUGACAGGUAUACGACAAGAUGGACGCAUGUCAGUUGUGCGUAGAUUCUUCUGUUUAUUUGUGACUUUUGAUCUCCUCUUCACUGUCUUGAUGUGGCUAAUAUGUAUAAUGUUGACUGGUGAUGAAAUUUUUGAUGCCUUGUCAAAGCAGAUAAUUCAUUACAAUAUUCAUACAUCCUUAUUUGACAUUGUGAUGGCUGCUGCCUCAAGAUUUGUGGUUCUUCUUCUUUUUUAUGGCUUGUUGUACAUCAGACACUGGUGUGUAAUAGCAAUAUCAACGGCAGGCACCUGUGCUUUUUUAAUUGCAAAAGUUUUUCUUUACAAUUGGGCUGCUGCAUCAUCACCAGUCUUCCAAGUAUUACUUGUGCUCACAUCAUUUGUUCUGGCAUGGGGAGAAGCGUGGUUUCUGGAUUUUAGAGUGCUUCCUCAAGAAGCACAUGCUCUGGCUUACAUGCAAGUUUCUUCAGCUUUGAAUACAGAAAGAACACCUCUUCUUAGGAACUUCUUGCAAGGUUUACAACAGCCAGAUGAAUGUACAGAAUCGGUGGGAAAUUUCUAUUCUCCUCUAGACUCACCUGAAGGUUCUGACACUGAAGAACAAGGUACACGAAAAGUAUCUGCUAGAGGAAAUGUACCUAGGAAUUCAGUUGGUCAGGAGUCAGAAUACAAGAGGAAGGCCCAUGAAGUAGUUGAGGCUGCAUGGAACAUUGUUAAUCUGCCAGACUGGAAACUGGAAAAAACUGUAGAUGAUGAUACUGUUCACAGCAGAGUAUUACCGAAGCAGAACAAGGUUUUCCGUCUGACUGGUGUUGUUGACUUGCCACCAAAAGCUCUUCUUUACCUCCUUUUUGAGUCAGUAGAGCAGUUUCCUUCUUGGAAUCCAACAGUUCUACAGUCUCACAGAGUGCAGGUCAUUGAUGAGCGCACAGAUGUUAUCUACCAGGUUGUCGCUGAUGGUGCUGGUGGUGUCUUUUCUAGUCGUGAUUUUGUACUUCUGCGCAACUGGAACAUGAAGAAUGGUUGUUAUGUUGUAGCUAGUGCCUCCGUCACACAUCCCAGUAUCCCAAAACACAAUAAAUAUAUAAGAGGCGAAAAUGGGCCCAGUUGUUGGGUUAUACAGCCAGCUGAAAAUAAUCGGUGUAUAUGUCGAUGGCUGCUCAACACAAACCUUAAUGGAUGGAUUCCUCAGUAUCUUUUGGAUACAGCCUUCACUACAGCCAUGUGUGAUUAUAUGCAGUGCUUGCGUUCCCAUAUUUUAAAAAUGAAAAGUGAAGAUAAUUUAAGUACUGGUGUAGGUGAAUAACUUCUACAUAUUAGAAAUAUGUGUGUAAGAUUUUAAAGAUGUGGAGGAAUGGUACUUUUUACACCAAGGAAUGUGAAAGUGAUUCUACAGUGAUUGAAGAACUGAAUAGAUCUCCUAUUGGAGAGCAUUUGUUUUAUAAAAAUCUCAUGUUAUGGUUGAAUCAUUGAACAAAUAUGACUUGCUCAGCCAUCUUCAUAGUGUAAGCAUUGCCUCGCAAAAAAAAAGUCAAACAUGCAUAAAAUUUUUAUGUUGUUAAAUUUUGUGGCAAGAUGUCUGUUUUGUAUUCGCAGAUUGGACUGAGGAUGCAGCAGAAUGGCUUACAAAUUUUAUAUAAUUUUAAUAAAUUAUUUUUUGUCAUA